AUGAGACGCAGCUUGAACGACUGUGGACUUGGCCCAUCAUCAGCGGGGCUGCGCAUCACGUGACAGCGCAAUUGUAGCGUUCUGAACAACAAUUUUCAGCAGAGCAUUUAGACGGAUAAACAUCAUUUGACACUGAUCUGAAAAUAAACAGCGAUGAGUUAAACCAGAGAGAUCAGUAAAUUAGUCCUCACUAACCAACUAAGCCCCGCCUUUCCAUGUACAGAACAGAACAUUUGUCCAAUCAGAGUGUACGUUGAAGACGCUACAGGAAGUAAGCGCGCGGUAAAUCCGGCAGGGACAAAUGGCGGGUGAUGGAGACAGAAUGGACGAUCUGGAGGAUGGAGAGAUCGAGUCUGAUCAUGAGUCUGAUGUGAAGGUAACUGCAGAGGUGUCGUCCUUCAAGAGCAGAGCUCCUCCUGUGAACGUCGCGUCCGUCACAGGAUACCGUAAUUCCUUUAACACAGACUCCAGCGACAGUAACUCCGACUCGGACGAUGACGCCAUGCUCUGGAGGCAUAAACGGCGCAAGUCUUCCAAUAUUCCUGCCCCUGUCCACAAGCCGUGCGAGAGCGGGGCAAGAGCAGCCGCCGGCCCGUUCGCUCCCAAGAUUAACAACAUCUGGGGCACCGUGGUGCAAGAGCAGAGCCAGGAGGCUGUGGCGGCCGAGCUGGGCAUCAUGGGAAUGGAGGGGGGAAUCAGUAUGAACAGUCGACAGAGCGAGACGUAUAACUUUGUCCUGGCCCGCAAGAUGAUGGAGAAAGAGCGUGAGAAGGAGGAGGAGGGAGCGAAGAGCAUGUUGGACAUUGAGUUGGAGGGAUACAUGCAGCGGAGGGGAGAUUAUCAGAUCGACCGCGACUGUCAGAAGAGAAAGCGGUCAGCUAGAGAGCGACUGGGCGUGCGGGCUGAAAUGGACUUUAAGGGUCGAUACGAGCUAACUGAGAACGACACUGAAGCGAGAGUGGUGGAUGAAAUAGCACACAGACUGAUGGAGCCAAAGAAAGAUUUAAUGGAGCGAGUGGUGCGAGUAAUAGGAGCAAAGAAAGCCAUCGAGCUGCUGUCAGAGACAGCAACCAUUGAACUGAAUGGAGGUCUCUACACUGUGGACGGCAGCAGGAGACGCACGCCUGGUGGAGUGUAUCUGAAUUUACUCAAGAACACGCCCAGUAUUACUGAUGAACAUCUGAAGGAGAUCUUCUAUGAGGAAAACCAAAAGGAAUACAGCAACAAAAAAGCUGCCAAGAAGCGGCGGAAAAAAAUCGUAGCCAAGAAGAUGAAGCAGGCCAUCGGCACUCUCAAUCUCCAAGAACACAGUGAUAUCUCACGAGAAACAUUUGCUAGUGACACUGAAGAGGCGCUGGUGUCCCUAGAGGAACCCCCUGAGGACCCGCCAGACCCUGCGCUGGGCACGGAUGACAUCCCUGUAGUUUACAACUCAAGUGACCUGGAGGUUUUCUAAUGCAUGCCGCUUCAGAGUUAUCUAUUACCAGCACUAUUAAAUACAUAAUACUUUAGUUAUUAGUUUAAAUGAGUGUUGAUGGCUGAUAUGUGAUGUCAUGUAUGGUGUGUUGAACAGCUUGACGGCCCUGAUGCUUGUACAGAUUUUUUACUGGGUGUUUGGCUAGAUAAAUGUGUUAUUGAUUAGUUGUUAAUUGUCUAAAUAUUUUGAUUCAUUUUGUUUUUUAUAUCUGGUUGCAUAAUUGAAACACAUAUAUUUGCUCAGACAUCCAAGGGAUAAAACUAUCCAGUGAUGACUUUUAAAACAUUAAACAUUCACUAAAUGCAAUAAUAUGUAGAGUAUGGUUUGUGUAGGAUAAAAUGCUGAUUUGAAAUUUCA